AUGGCUGGCAAUAAACCAGGAGUUUCACCAUUCUUGAAACAAUGUUUCGUGACGCUGGCAGUUGGAAUGAACUUGAUCGCACAUGGUUGUGUAACAGGGUUUCCUGCGAUCUUGUUACCUCAGCUGCAUCACCCAGACUCAACCAUAGUUUCCAGCAAAACAACCGACUCCUGGAUAGCAUCUGUAUUCGCGAUAACACUCCUAAUAGGAAACUUCCUAACACCUGGUAUCAUGGACCGUUUUGGGCGAAAGAUAGCACACUACAUCGUCAGCGCACUGUCUGUGAUUGCCUGGUUCAUGACAAGCCUUGCCGGAAAUGUAGAGGUUAUAAUAGUCGGAAGAAUUAUUGGAGGAAUAUCUUUUGGGAUGAUGCUGCCUCUCCGCUCAAUCCUCAUUGGUGAAUACUCGAGUCCAAAAUAUCGAGGAAGCUUUCUGUCUAUAAUAUCUGUAACCCUCAGUCUAGGGAUGUUCUACGUUCAUCUCCUUGGAUCUGUUCUCAGUUGGAGCAAAACUGCACUGAUCGUUUUCUUUCUCCCACUAAGCAGUUUUAUCAUGACGUUUUUUAUUCCUGAAUCUCCAAGCUACCUAGUAUUGAGAGGAAGAUAUGAUGACUGCCGAAAAGCAUUUCGCUGGCUAAGAAGUGAUAUAGAAGAAGAGGAACUAGAAAAUAUGAUACGAGCCAAGAUUGAGUUUAAUCAAACUACAAAGCAUGAGAAGAAAUUUGAUGUCCUUGGUAAUAUAAGAAAACAAGAGUUUUAUAAGCCAAUUCUUCUGAUGAUGCAUAUGCAUGCCAUUACUCAAAUCUGUGGGGCACCGGUAACAGCUACAUUUACAACAACAAUUAUAGAAUUAAUCGUGAAUCCUAAUGUUAAUGCCGAGGCAUGGAUGGUUUUUCUUGAUAUCGAAAGAAUUUUGGUCAGUAUCUUGGCUAUCUUUGUCGUAAACAAAAUCAAACGGCGAACCAUGGUGUUGACUACUACAGCCAUAUGUACAGCUAGUAUUUUUGGUAUUGCCUGCUACGUGUAUGCUAAAACCUUAGGUCUUUUAACGCAUGACAUCCUCUGGAUACCAGCGGUUCUCAUGUUUAUACAAUUUUUCACAAUGGCCAUAGGCCCAAUGUCCAUGACAUUUAUAAUCGCUGGAGAAGUAUUCCCUUUGCGGUACAGAAGUAUUGGCGGGACAAUCAGUUUCAUUUCCACCUCCGCUAAUAUAUUCUGGUUGCUGAAAACAUUCCCAGUGCUGGUAGCGAGUAUUGGUAUUUCUGGUACUUACUUGUUAUACGCUAUCCUUAUGGUAUACUGCCUGAUUGUAAUUUGGUUUUUAUUGCCAGAAACUAAAGACAAGACUUUGCAAGAAAUUGAAGACGAGUACAGAGGAAAAAUGAUAAUUAAAGAUGAAGAAGAGAUAUACAGACUAAAAAAUGUAGACAACGAAAAAAGUUAG